AUGGAAAAUCCCUUUUACGAUCCAUUCUUUGAGAAUUGCUGGUCUCCAUCACCAAGGAGUUACACGAGAGAGGUUCCAGUGGCACCAUCACCACGGAGGUUCACGAGAAAUAGUCCUGUCAAUCAUCAUGACAAUGAGAAUAGAACUACAUCAGCCGCUCCCAAGGUAGUUUCAAUUCCUGUCCAUUUUAUAGGAUUGGAAAAGAAAAGAUUCAAUGCUGCUUUGAAGAUACAGAAGGUAUUUAGAGGAUUUUUGGUCCGGAAGAGUACGAAAAAGAUUCUAGUAAUUAAAAGAGAAGUUGAUGAGAUUCAGAGGAAGUUAUCUGAGAAUGAGAUGAUUGGGUUGAUUUGUAGCAACACCAAGGAAAGGUUAAAGAUGAAUGAGGUGCUGAUGAGGUUGUUGUUGAGGUUGGAUUCUAUUCGCGGUGUUGAUUCUGGUGUUAGAGAUGCUCGAAAAUCAGUUAUCAGGAAAGCGAUUAUGUUGCAGGAUAGGGUUGAUAAGAUCGCUGCUGGAGAGCUAAUGGAUGAUGCUGGAGUCCAUGUUUCGGAAAAUGCAAAAGAAGGUGCAGAAUGCGAAGAUCGUAAUGAUAAUUCUGAGGAUAUGGAAAUUGACAACGCGGUUGAUCAAUGUGUAGAAGAAGUGCGCAAUCCAGUCGAGGCAAGUGAAGGGAAUUCAAUGGCUAAAUCUCCAGAUAAGUCUAACGUGGAUGGUGAAUCUCCAGAUAAGUCUAACGUGGAUGGUGAAUCUCCAGAGAAGUCUAACAUGGAUGGCGUUAAACUAAGCGUGGAGGAAGAGAACUUGGUGGAAUCAAUAGAAGAAGGUUGGGAAGAAAUUCCUGGUAAUGAAGAGAUAAAAGAAACAGUAAUAGAAAUCCAACAGCCAGAGAUGAUUCAGGAACAUCAGAAGAUGGUCAAGGAGGAUGACACUAGAGAUAUGAUGGCAAAGAUGAUAGAAGGAAACCAAAAGCUGACUGAAAUGGUGGCAGAACUCUGCAGAAGCAAUGCAGUGCAGACACAGAUGAUCAAUUCACUGUCACAGAGGGUGGAAAGUCUUGAGAAAGCCUACAAGAAAGAGAAGUUGAGACGUAAAAAGAAGAAGAUGGACAAAGCAACAACCAAUGCUGAAAACUAA